GGAAACUUGGUGCGGAUGUACACCAACUGUACGGUGGUGCUGGAGAACCUGGAGGUGACGUACACACAGGAGUACCACGACCUGUCCUUCCUCAAGUCUAUCGAGGAAGUGGGUGGAUAUGUUCUCAUUGCCAUGAACAAGGCAGCCAAAAUCCCGCUGGUCAAUCUGAGGCUGAUCCGCGGACACACACUCUACGAAAACCAAUACGCGCUGGCGGUGAUGUCAAACUAUAACAAAAACCACACUUCCGUCACACUCAACUACACCAGUGGACUGAAAGAAUUACAGCUCAGUGGACUGACAGAGAUACUGAAGGGAGGGGUGAAGAUGGCCCACAAUCCUUUGCUGUGUAACGUUGACACCAUCCAGUGGUUGGACAUUUUGGACAAAGCAAGCAAUCCCAGAACAUUCUUCAAGACUGAAACCUUUCCCCGCAUCUGUCAGAAGUGUGAUCCCAGCUGUUUUAACGGGUCUUGCUGGGCAGCCGGACCGGACCACUGUCAGACAUUCACCAGACUAGUUUGUGCGGAGCAGUGUUCCAGACGUUGUCGUGGUCCCCGACCCAGUGACUGCUGUAAUGAGCACUGUGCUGCAGGUUGCAUCGGACCCAGACCCACCGAGUGUCUGGCCUGCAGGGAUUUUAAUGAUGAGGGGACGUGUAAAAACACUUGUCCUCCUCUGAUGCUCUACAAACCAAACAGCCACCAGCUGGCCGUCAACCCCCACGCCAAGUACACCUUCGGGGCGACCUGUGUGAAGUCCUGCCCACAUAACUAUGUGGUCACGGACCAUGGGGCGUGCGUGAGGACCUGCAGCUUGGGAACCUACGAGGUGGAAGAGAACGGAGUCCAACGCUGCAAAAAAUGUGACGGACCCUGUCCCAAAGCCUGUAAUGGAAUAGGAGUUGGUUCUCUGACCGAUGCCAUCGGCGUCAACUCCUCCAACAUCGAGUUAUUCAGGAACUGCACCAAGAUCAAUGGAGCGGUCUCUCUCAUCCCAACCUCCUUCAACGGGGACAGGUUUUAUAAUAUCCCGCCUCUGGACCUGGUUAAACUGGAAUACUUCAAGACAGUGAAGGAAAUUACUGGUUUCCUGCUGAUUCAUUCUUGGCCAGACAACCUGGACUCUCUGUCUGUGUUUGAAAACCUGCAGAUCAUCAGAGGGAGAACCACACACUCCGGUCACAGCCUGGUGGUUGUGAAGGCUCUCCAGCUGAAGUGGUUGGGUCUGCGUUCUCUGAGGGAGGUGAGCGCUGGGAAGGUGUUGAUCAAAAACAACCCCCAGCUCUGUUACGCCCGAUCGGACCAGUGGACCCAGCUGUUCCGCUUCGCUGGCCAGAUCAGUGACAACGCCAACCCGGCCCAACGGAAUCUAACCUGUGAUGCAGAAUGUACAGAUCAGGGCUGUUGGGGUCCAGGUCCAUCCAUGUGUUUCGUCUGUCGACACUUCAGCCGUAGGGGGCGCUGUGUGGCACUCUGUAAUCUGCUGCAGGGGGAGCCCAGAGAAGCCCUGGUCAACAGCAGCUGUGUUGAAUGCCACCCAGAAUGCCUUUUGAAGAAUGGAAGUCAGACCUGCCGUGGACAGGGUCCUGACCAGUGCAUGGCGUGCGCCCGGUUUAAGGACGGCCCCCACUGUGUCCCCCGCUGCCCCAAUGGCAUGCUGGGAGACGGAGGCACGCUGAUCUGGAAAUACCCCGACAGAAACGGGCAGUGCCAACCCUGCCACCGAAACUGCACCCAGGGGUGCUCGGGGCCUGGGCUGGCUGCUUGUAGAGGGACCACCGUACAUUCUCUGAUGGCGGUGGGCGUCGUGGGCGGGCUGCUGGUGGCUGUCGUCUUAUCGCUGGCCGUCUUUGUUUUGCUACGGCGAAAACACAUCAAAAGGAAGAGAACCCUACGGCGGCUGCUGCAAGAGAGGGAGCUGGUGGAACCACUGACUCCCAGUGGAGAGGCCCCUAACCAGGCCCUGCUGAGGAUCCUGAAGGAGACCGAGUUUAAGAAGGUCCGAGUUUUGGGUUCAGGAGCCUUCGGGACCGUCUACAAGGGUCUAUGGAUCCCAGAUGGAGAGAGAGUGAAGAUCCCAGUGGCCAUUAAAGUCCUCAGAGAAGCAACAUCACCAAAAGCUAACAAAGAGAUAUUAGAUGAGGCCUUUGUCAUGGCAAGUGUGGACCACCCUCACGUGUGUCGUCUGCUGGGCAUUUGUCUGACCUCGUCUGUCCAGCUGGUCACUCAGCUGAUGCCGUACGGCUGUCUGUUAGAUUACAUCCGACACAACAGAGACCACGUCGGGUCCCAGUGGCUCCUCAACUGGUGUGUCCAGAUAGCCAAGGGGAUGAACUAUCUGGAGGAGCGUCACCUGGUGCACCGAGACCUGGCGGCACGCAACGUUCUAGUGAAGACACCUCAUCAUGUCAAGAUCACCGACUUCGGCCUGGCACGGCUUCUGACCGCCAGCGAGAAGGAGUACCACGCCGACGGAGGAAAGGUUCCUAUUAAGUGGAUGGCGUUGGAGUCCAUUUUGCAGUGGACCUACACCCAUCAGAGUGAUGUCUGGAGCUACGGCGUGACCGUGUGGGAGCUGAUGACGUUCGGCUCCAAACCUUACGAUGGAAUCCCAGCCAGCGAGAUCGCCUCCGUCCUGGAACGAGGAGACCGACUUCCCCAACCCCCCAUCUGCACCAUAGAUGUCUACAUGAUCAUGGUCAAAUGUUGGAUGAUAGAUCCGUCCAGUCGUCCUCAGUUUAGAGAGCUUAUAGCAGAGUUCUCUAAAAUGGCCCGAGACCCGUCUAGAUACCUGGUCAUACAGGGUGAUAAGCGCAUGAACUUGCCCAGUCCGACAGACUCCAGGUUCUAUUCCCGCCUGCUGAGCACAGAGGACAUGGACGACGUGGUGGACGCUGAUGAAUACCUGUUACCUUCCAAAGGGUUCAGCCAGGAGAACCACCAGCACAGCACACAGAAUGGACAUCCAGUGAGAGAGAACAGCAUAAUUCUGCGUUACAUUACAGAUCCCACACAGGUCCUCUUAUAUAAAGAUGACUCCUCUAUUGGGCCAGAAUAUAUGAACCAAAGUGUGGGUGGAAGCAUCCGGAGCAGUCGGCUGUCUGAGGUGUUGAACCCCAACUACGAGGACCUAAACAUGAGCUGGGGCUCCACCUUUCUUCUCCCGGCAAGGGAGGAAACACGUUUCCCGGCACCCGUUUCCGAAGGGCCUGAAUACCUGAACACAGAACGUAGCUUGCUCCCCCUGCCAGCCAGCGACAGCCUGGACAACCCGGACUACCAUGCAGACUUCCAGCCGCAGACCACGCCCACCAAUAGCAGUCUCUUCCUUCCAGCAGCUGAGAACAUGGAGUACCUGGGGUUAAAUGCUGCGCUGCAUACACCCGUACGCUAG